GCUGGCGGGUCGUUUCCCCCCCUCUCCCCCUUCCCGAGACGGAGACGGCUUCGCUUCUGGCAGGCGCAGACGCGGGGAGGGGAUGGUGCGUCUGGCCCAGGCAAUGGCCUUUACCGCCGCUGCUGCUGCUACUGAGCCGGUUGCUGCUGUCGCUGCGUUGCCGCCUCCACCUCCAACAUCGUCCUUGCCGUGGGUGUGAGGAGGACACCCGGGGGACCCGACAGAUAUGAGGCAUCCAUUAGUGAGUUAAAGGUGAUUAAACCAUGGCUCAGUUUCCAACACCUUUUGGGGGCAACCUGGACAUCUGGGCCAUAACUGUGGAAGAGAGAGCUAAACAUGACCAGCAGUUCCACAGUUUGAAACCAGUAUCUGGAUAUAUCACUGGUGAUCAAGCCAGGAACUUUUUUUUCCAGUCUGGUUUGCCUCAACCAGUUUUAGCACAGAUAUGGGCACUGGCAGAUAUGAACAAUGAUGGGAGAAUGGAUCAGCUGGAGUUUUCUAUAGCUAUGAAACUUAUCAAACUUAAGCUGCAAGGUUAUCAGCUCCCUUCUGCAUUGCCUCCUGCUAUGAAACAGCCUCCCAUUGCCAUUUCUAGUGCACCAGGGUUUGGUAUAGGUGGUCUUCCCAGUAUACCUCCUCUUACAGCUGUUGCUCCAGUGCCAAUGGCGCCCAUUCCAGUAGUGGGAAUGUCACCACCUUUAGUAUCUUCUGUUCCUACAGCAGCCGUCCCUCCCCUGGCUAAUGGAGCACCUGCUGUUAUCCAACCUCUGCCUGCUUUCAGUCAUACUGCCACGUUGCCAAAGAGUUCUUCCUUCAGCAGGUCUGGUGCUGGUUCCCAGUUAAAUGCAAAACUGCAAAAGGCACAAUCAUUUGAUGUGGCUGGUGCACCACCAGCAGCAGAAUGGGCAGUUCCUCAAUCAUCACGUCUGAAAUACAGGCAGUUAUUCAAUAGCCAUGAUAAAACAAUGAGUGGACAUUUAACAGGUCCACAAGCAAGAACUAUCCUUAUGCAAUCAAGCUUACCACAAGCUCAGCUGGCUACAAUAUGGAAUCUUUCAGACAUAGACCAGGAUGGAAAACUGACAGCAGAAGAAUUUAUCUUGGCUAUGCAUUUAAUUGAUAUGGCUAUGUCAGGACAGCCAUUGCCACCCGCCUUGUCUCCAGAAUAUAUUCCUCCUUCCUUUAGAAGAGCCCGUUCUGGCAGUGGUAUUUCUGUCACAAGCUCAGUGUGUGUAGACCAAAGGUUACCAGAAGAACCAGUGUUAGAAGAAGAGCAGCAGCAGCAGGAGAAGAAAUUGCCAGUUACAUUUGAAGAUAAAAAACGUGAGAAUUUUGAACGUGGCAAUCUAGAGCUCGAAAAGCGGAGGCAAGCCCUUUUGGAGCAGCAGAGAAAAGAGCAAGAGCGCCUUGCCCAGUUAGAAAGGGCAGAGCAGGAGAGAAAAGAACGUGAACGACAGGAGCAGGAACGGAAAAGGCAGCUGGAGUUAGAGAAACAGUUAGAAAAACAAAGAGAGUUGGAACGCCAGAGGGAAGAGGAAAGGAGGAAAGAAAUAGAAAGGCGUGAGGCUGCGAAAAGGGAACUUGAGCGGCAAAGACAACUUGAAUGGGAACGCAAUCGUCGGCAGGAGCUCCUGAAUCAAAGAAACAAAGAGCAAGAGGAUAUAGUUGUUUUGAAAGCCAAGAAAAAAACUUUGGAAUUUGAACUAGAAGCUCUGAAUGAUAAAAAACUUCAGCUGGAGGGGAAGCUUCAGGAUAUCAGAUGCAGACUGGCUAUUCAAAGACAAGAAAUUGAGAGAACAAACAAAUCUAGAGAGCUGAGAAUUGCAGAAAUUACACAUUUGCAACAGCAAUUACAAGAGUCUCAGCAGAUGCUUGGAAGGCUGAUUCCGGAAAAGCAACUACUCAAUGAUCAGCUAAAACAGGUUCAGCAAAACAGUUUGCAUAGAGAUUCCCUUCUCACUGUCAAAAGAGCCUUAGAAGCAAAGGAGUUAGCGCGUCAGCAGCUUCGUAACCAACUGGAUGAUGUAGAACGAGAAACAAGAUCAAAACUUCAAGAGAUAGAUAUUUUCAAUAAUCAGCUAAAGGAACUAAGGGAGAUCCAUAAUAAGCAGCAACUGCAGAAGCAGAAGCACAUAGAAGCUGACAGGCUAAAACAGAAGGAGCAGGAAAGGAGGACAGAACACGAAAAACAAAAAGACGGCCUGAGGAAAACUCAAGAAAGAGAUAGACAGUGGCUUGACAGAAUACAACAGGAAGAUGAACACUCAAAGCCAAGAAAAAUGCAAGAAGAAGAGGAAGCACAAAAAUGGGAAGAAUUAAACAAAAAGAGAGAGAAUGAUGAUAAAAACAAACAGGAAGUGCAAGAAAAAUUGAACAAACUUUUUCAUCAGCCUAAGGACCCAACAAAGCCAAUUAUCCAAGCUCCAUGGUCAACUGCAGAAAAGGCUCCAUUAACUAUUUCUGCUCAAGAAGAUGUAAAAAUAGUAUAUUAUCGAGCGCUGUAUCCUUUUGAAUCCCGAAGCCAUGAUGAAAUCACCAUCCAGCCAGGAGACAUCAUCAUGGUGGAUGAAAGCCAAACUGGAGAACCUGGGUGGCUUGGAGGUGAACUGAAGGGGAAAACAGGAUGGUUUCCUGCAAACUAUGCAGAGAAAAUUUCUGAAAAUGAAAUCCCAAACUCUGUUAAGCCAGUACCAGAUGUAACUACUGCACCUAAAGUUUCACUGCGUGAAACUCCUACAACACCCAUGGCACCGCCUGUUCCUGCAGAUUCAACUACCACUGCCAACAACUGGGCAGACUUCAGUUCAACAUGGCCAACAAAUACUGGUGAUAAGCCAGAGACUGAUAACUGGGAUGCCUGGGCAGCUCAACCUUCCCUUACAGUUCCAAGCACAGGUCAACUGAGGCAAAGAUCUGCCUUCACCCCAGCCACUGUAACUGGAUCAUCUCCUUCCCCUGUUUUGGGUCAGGGUGAAAAGGUGGAGGGACUUCAAGCACAGGCCUUGUAUCCUUGGCGAGCCAAGAAAGAUAACCAUCUGAAUUUUAACAAGAAUGAUGUUAUUACUGUGUUAGAACAGCAAGACAUGUGGUGGUUUGGAGAGGUUCAAGGACAAAAGGGCUGGUUUCCUAAAUCAUAUGUGAAGCUUAUUUCAGGUCCUAUAAGGAAAUCAACAAGCAUGGAUUCUUCGUCUUCAGAGAGUCCUGCUAACCUAAAGAGAACAUCGCCAGUUGCAAAAUCUGCCAUUUCGGGGGAAGAAUAUAUUGCCAUGUAUACUUAUGAGAGCUCAGAACAAGGGGACUUAACAUUUCAACAAGGGGAUUUAAUUCUUGUCACUAAGAAGGAUGGAGACUGGUGGACAGGAACACUGGGAGACAAAUCAGGAGUAUUUCCAUCUAACUAUGUUAGACUCAAAGACUCAGAGGUGCCUGGAAAUGCUGGAAAAACAGGAAGCUUAGGCAAGAAACCUGAGAUUGCUCAGGUGAUUGCUUCAUACACAGCAACAGGUCCCGAACAGCUUACACUCGCCCCUGGUCAGCUGAUACUUAUCAGGAAGAAGAAUCCUGGUGGAUGGUGGGAAGGAGAGCUACAAGCUCGUGGGAAAAAAAGGCAGAUAGGAUGGUUUCCUGCUAACUAUGUAAAACUUUUAAGCCCUGGUACUAGUAAAACUACACCAACUGAGCCACCUAAAUCAACAACAUUACCUUCAGUGUGCCAAGUAAUUGGGAUGUAUGACUACAUUGCACAAAACGAUGAUGAACUAGCCUUCAGCAAAGGCCAGAUCAUUAAUGUUCUUAAUAAAGAAGACCCUGACUGGUGGAAAGGAGAGGUGAAUGGGCAAGUUGGUCUCUUUCCAUCAAACUAUGUGAAACUGACAACGGAUAUGGAUCCUAGCCAGCAAUGGUGUGCGGAUCUGCACCUCCUAGACAUGUUGACACCUACUGAAAGAAAACGGCAGGGAUACAUCCAUGAACUCAUUGUAACAGAAGAGAACUAUGUAAAUGACUUACAGUUAGUAACAGAGAUUUUUCAGAAGCCACUGAUGGACUCUGAGCUUUUGACUGAAAAGGAAGUUGCUAUGAUUUUUGUAAAUUGGAAAGAAUUGAUUAUGUGCAAUAUUAAACUACUGAAAGCACUGCGUGUACGUAAGAAAAUGUCAGGAGAGAGGAUGCCGGUCAAAAUGAUAGGAGAUAUCCUGACAGCCCAGCUUCCACACAUGCAGCCUUACAUUCGCUUCUGUAGCUGUCAGCUUAAUGGGGCAGCCCUCAUCCAGCAAAAAACAGAUGAAGUCCCUGAGUUCAAAGAGUUCGUUAAAAGGUUAGCUAUGGAUCCUCACUGUAAAGGGAUGCCUCUCUCAAGCUUUCUGCUGAAGCCUAUGCAACGAGUAACACGUUACCCUCUAAUCAUUAAAAACAUACUAGAAAACACUCCUGAAAACCACCCUGAUCACAGCCAUUUGAAGCAUGCUCUGGAGAAAGCAGAAGAACUGUGUUCACAGGUUAAUGAAGGUGUGCGUGAGAAGGAGAAUUCAGACCGACUAGAAUGGAUCCAGGCACAUGUUCAGUGUGAAGGAUUAUCAGAGCAACUUGUUUUUAAUUCUGUUACAAACUGCUUGGGGCCACGCAAAUUUCUGCACAGUGGAAAACUCUACAAGGCUAAGAGCAACAAGGAAUUGUAUGGUUUUCUGUUCAAUGACUUCCUCCUGCUGACGCAGAUCAUAAAACCUCUUGGCUCCUCUGGAACAGACAAGGUCUUCAGCCCCAAGUCAAACCUGCAGUAUAAAAUGUACAAAACACCCAUAUUUCUAAAUGAAGUCUUGGUAAAACUUCCUACGGAUCCUUCUGGAGAUGAGCCUAUAUUCCACAUCUCUCACAUUGAUCGAGUCUACACACUUCGGGCAGAAAGUAUAAAUGAAAGAACGGCUUGGGUUCAGAAAAUCAAAGCUGCUUCUGAACUUUACAUAGAAACAGAGAAGAAGAAGAGGGAAAAGGCCUACUUAGUCCGGUCCCAAAGGGCAACAGGUAUUGGAAGGUUAAUGGUCAACAUCGUUGAAGGUAUUGAACUGAAGCCCUGCAGAUCCCAUGGAAAGAGUAACCCAUACUGUGAAGUGACAAUGGGCUCUCAGUGUCAUAUUACCAAGACCAUACAAGACACUCUCAACCCCAAGUGGAAUUCUAACUGCCAGUUUUUCAUUAAAGAUUUAGAACAGGAUGUGCUCUGCAUAACAGUAUUUGAGAGGGACCAGUUUUCCCCAGACGAUUUCUUGGGCAGAACAGAAAUCCGUGUAGCAGAUAUUAAGAAAGACCAGGGUUCCAAAGGACCAGUUACAAAGUGUCUUCUCCUGCAUGAAGUUCCAACAGGAGAGAUAGUUGUCCGACUAGAUCUACAGCUUUUUGAUGAACCUUAAAAAGAAAAUGCUUCCCUCAGCUGAAAUGACUGCAAUAGGUGUCCACAAAAUCUUGUCUGUAAAGAUCCUCAGCCUUUUUAUAUGAAGCUACUACUUGUGUUCCAGAGGCAAAGAGGUCAAAGCCAUGCAACUCUUUCUACUCUAGCUAAUCCUUGCGGAAAACUGGAAUUCCAAGUUUGUGAGGAAAAUGUCACCUUGGUUUUUAGCUUUCAGUUCUUUCAUUUUGUGUGGAACUUCUGCUGUAGUUUUCAGGAUUUCUAGAAUAACAGAGUUGUAGCCAGCCCUCUGGCAAGGAAGAUAAACAUUGCACUUUCUCUGGCUACUGCAGCAUGCCGUUAUCAACAGAAGCGGGUAUUGCUGAUGUGUCUUUGCAGACGUCUGUAAAUUCCCUCUUGAAAUGUUGUGCCUAUUGCCCCACAGAGUGGUGUAUAAACAUAAUGUGAAUAUAUUUAUAUAGAAAAUACCUAUAACAUGAAAAUGUUCUUGCCAUGUAAGAUAUUUGAAUUUCUUUUAGGAAGUUUUGUGAUAUUUGAACCUGUUUUCAAAGAAAGGAAAAAAAAAGAAUAUUCCGAUCUGAAGUUUAAAUGACAGUUGCCUGUAAUCUGAAAUGCUUUUAUAAGCAGAGCUGAAGAUUGCUUUUUCUGAGUACUGCAUUUUUCCGUGUAUAAAACGACACUUUUCUCUUAAAUAAUUAGACAAAAAAUCGAGGGUUGUUUUAUGCACGGAACGCAGCCGCUUUCCCUGCCUUUUGCGAAGCCACAGGGCUUAGCAAAAAGGAAGGGAAGGCUCCCUUCGGGUAAAGCAGCUGUGAAAGGGCUGCACAAUCGCAUCCGUUUGAUCUUGAAGCCCUUUCAUAGCAGCUUCAGGAUCAAAGGGGUGUGAUUAUGCAGCCCUUUCAUGGCUGCGUUACCCACUUCCUAAAACUCCGUGGGGAUCAAAUUUUCUAAUUUGGGGGUUAGAAAAAGGGGGUCAUCUUAUACAUUGGGUCAUCUUACAAACGGGAAAAUAUGGUAUUUGUUAGACAUAAAUGAAUAUUGUGGUCUAGGGUAUAAUUAGGGGCUGGGUGAGCAAGACUUCAACUAGGACCUGGUGCUGGUUGCUUCUUGUUUGCCUUAGGAUAUCCUUCGUCCUCAACUGGUUAUUGUGCAUCUAUGUAUACUGUACCACUGAAACUCAAUUAUUAAACUUAUAAAAGUAGGGAGGAUAAACCAAAAGUGGCAGGAAAACAGCUGCUCAGGAAAGCAAAUUCAUGCUGUAUCGAGACAAAGCUGAAAAAGCAGCCAGAAGGGUCUAAUGUGUUAAAUUGUGCUGUGCCUAAAUAAAAGGAGUACCAGGAUCGCAGCAUACUGUAGCGCCUCAAGAGAGUUAACUGCAAAUGUGCUUCACUGCAAAUUUGUCUGUCCAUAUUAGGUGUGAGGAGUGUUUUGCAAAGCAAGCAAUCCAGGCAAAAGGAUUUGUUGCUAUUUUGUAAAUUCAUUCAUACAGUUACCCACAUAGAACUUUAUUCAGCAAAGUGCUUUGAAAUCAACUGAACAAAGAGAAGUUAUAUUCUCAAGAACUUUGCUGAACUAGGCACAAUAUUGAGGGUAGAAUUUUUGGAACAUCUUCACUUCAGUACCAAGAAAUUCAUUCACUUUGUGUUUUAGUCUUUCAGUUCUUACCCCAAGGAUCAUGCAUAUGUGUUUGUUAUUUUUAAAAUGACUUUCAGAAUGGAAGGUAUUGAUUGGUCUAUUAGCAUGUCAGUGUUCUUGUGAGAUGUGUUGGCUCUGUUGUUCUUUGCAUGUUGUUUUGGUAUCAGUUUCCAUGUUUCCUGUGGAGAUGGUGUUAUCUAGUACAGCAAAACUUUAUGAUUUCCAUUAGGAAAUUAGGAUAGCUUUAUACUUGAUAGGUAAAUAAGGUCUGGUGAUCAUUGUAAACUGUGCUUGAAAGUGUCUGUAUACUAUUGUUUCCAAGGAGACCACUGUAUUAUUUCCAGCAAUUAUUUUUUAAAAUUUCUGUAUGUUGGAGGGACAAAAAGUUUACAUUUCAUACUUUUAAGAAUUGCUCUAUUAUUUAUUUAUUGAAUAUAGUGUAGAAUUUUGUAUCAAAAAUGACAUACUUAACGUAUUUUUUUGAAUAGAGAAACACCCUUUAGUUAGAACUUUCAACUGACCAAGUUUUAGAGAAGGUUUAACUUAACAGGCACGUAAUUGUUUACCACUGACUGGUGGAACACACAAUUAAAAAAAAAUCUUUUAAGUUUCUAUUUUUCAAUGUUGUUACAAAAAUGUUUGAAUUAAAGUAUGUAAAUAGAACUAAAUCCAUGCUUUCCUUUUUCCAUAUGGGUACAUUUUAACAAACAAUGUAUAUGAAAAUAACACAUUGUUGUGGUAGAAGAAAAAAAAAGGUACAAAUCAUUUAGUGGUGGAAAAAUAUUAAAUGUCAUUGUUCUAAACCUUCCUUGGUUGUCUUAAUUUUACUCAAGAAAUGUGGCUAAUUUUACUCACGAGGUACUAUGAAAUUGAGUGCUGGUGUGUUGUUACAAAUUAAAUAAUGUUGAAAGAGCCUUACUAUUAGACUUGUGAGAAGAGAUCCAGAGAUAAAUUAUCUAUGUAUCCUUGGAGAACACAGGAAGCAAAACCGUGACUAGGCAUGGGGAAAGUACAGUUCUGCAAGGGUUCCUCACCCUCAACCCGUACAAGCCCAAAACAGAUUGGAAAAAGAUGGACCCAAAAAUGUAAAUCACACACACCCAAGGGUCCCAGCCCUGAAACCUUAUGAAAAAAACACAACAACUGGAAGUGACUACAGUAGUGCCUCGGUUUACAUAAUUUUUGGUUUACGAAUGGAAAUCUGUUGAAAAUAAUGCCUCGGUUUACGUUUUUUUCCCAGUGCUUUUCGGUUUAUGAAGAAAGUUUCCCCAGGAUGCAUUGUGCCUGGAGGUUUUUAGCACCGUCCCCGUUCCUAUGGCAAUCUGUGUUUCGGUUUAUGAAUUUUCUGCAUUAUGUAACAUUCCAGAGAACAUAUUAAUUUUGUAAACUGAGGUACUACUGUGGUCCUUGAUGAAAAACUUAUUUUAAUAGCAUGCAUUUGCUAGCAGUUUUCUCAGCACAUUAACUGCAGUAAUGAUGAGAAGAAUUUGCAUAUUUUCUGUCAAGACAGAAUAAAAACUGACCUUUAUGCUUUAUUUUAAAAUAAAGGCAUUUUGGCUGGCUUUUGAAUGCUAAAAUGAUUCCAAAACAAUUACAGUUCUCUCUGUUCCUGUGCAGCUAAUUUCUUAGUUACUGCUCAUACCUCAGCACACAGUGGCCAAAAUGCUGUUGCUUAGCGUACUAUGCUAAAGUAAGUCGCACUUGCAUCAAUGAAAUUUAAGAGUUGACUCACCAAAUCCCCAUUGAUUUAAUGGGUCUACUCUAGUGCAAUUUACCACACUAAGCAACAGAAUUAAAAAUGAAAUGAAAAAGUUAAUAUUUCAGGCACAAUCAGAUUUGGUUCAAAGCACUCCUGAAUGGCAACUUUAAAUAUCAGAAAACAAUAGCAAUCUGACCAUAAAAACCAGCAGCACAGCUGACUUCGUUAACCUGAGACAGUAAAGAAAAGAAGGAAAGUUACAUAACCUUUUCAUCUGACAGGGUUCCACAUUUUUAAAGGUUCAUGCAUGCAUAUAAAGAGCCAUGGUGAUCUGUAAGGGCAGGAAGUCAGUUUUUUUGUGGGCAGAGUCCUCACAUUCUGUUGAGAGAAUCAAGAAUAGAGGUUCAGUACAACUGCUGCUUCCAGGACUGCAGUCGCUAGCACCUGGAAGCAAACCUGUGCAAGAUAAAGGGGUAAUUCUUCUACUAAAACACCUUACUUGAAAUAUUCCUUAAUCAGGGAUGGAACUUUCGCUGG